AUGAAUCUACGAUUUUUGUGCACGAUUCUCCUUUUCCUCAGUGCGGGCGUGCUCGGGAGUGUCAACUCGGCACCAUAUACGGCCUUGACACUUUGGUAUAUGUAUCGCAUGGAUGUCAUUGUCAGCGGACCCGGAAAGACGGAGAUAGUCCCUGAGCUCAAAGGAUCAGCACCUGACGGAACCUUCUAUUUCGAUGAAUUCGUGCAGUAUACCCAAUAUGUCUCCGCGAAUAAAAGAAAAAAGAGUUCAGCAUGGAAAGGAAACACCGGCGUGGGAAAGAAUCUCAAUCCGGACGUCGAAAGCACCGCCCGGAAACUCGCAGAGACUGGAUUCACCAGACAAUUCAAACCAUCGCUCGUUUACCCCAGUAAAUGGACAGGCAACGCAGUCUCAACAUACGAUCAAUUCUUCGGAGCGCUCACAGACCGAGUGCAAGCUUUGCGAGCGAAAAACCCUGCGGCAAUAGAGCUACAGCUGGAUCGGCUUCGGGAGAGCCUCAAGCCGGUCAUAAACAUACGAUUCGAGGAUCAGACCGCUGGGUUUUUUCGUGAUCUGAACUCCUGGUUCAAAGCACAGACUAAAAUCACGUGGGAAACGAAAACCGUAGACGGGCCAGAUGGUACCAAGUUGACACAGAUCGAUACUGAAACCACACUCAAGAAGAACACUAUCGACAUGGCCACGAUGAAGAAGGAUCUGAUCUCAUUCAUCGCCACGUAUCAAACUCAACACCAAAAGGGGAAGUCCCACUAUGCUGCCAUUACAAGCAGCCAGAGGAAUGAGGGUCGUAUUAUGGGGGAUUCGACGUGCUGA